AACUGUUUCUUUUUUUUUUCUUUUCUUUCUUUCUUUUGUUAUCUUUUUAAUAACAAUGUCUCGUUUCUUCCGGUCCACCUCUGAUACCGAAUCCGAAACUGAUUCCUCUGAUAACGAAUCCUUCUACGAUGAAGUCACUUCUGAAGAAGAAGAAUCUGAUGUUGAAGUUGAAGAAGAAGAUCAACAAACUUCAAAAAAGUCACGGUUUUUGAAGGGUGGAGAUUCUGAAUCUGAUAUGGAUAGUGAUGAAGAAUUUGGUCGAAAACGUCAAGUCAAGUCUCAAAAAGAUAAACGUCUUGAAGAUAUGCAUAGUGCUGCCAAGGCUAUUGAUAAUGGUCGUAAAAAUAACGAUUGGACUCUCAUCUCAAGUGAAUUCGAUAAACUUUCAACUAGCAUUAGCAAAGCCACGACUGGUUUCGAUAAGAUUGCUUUCCCCAAAUUUUACAUCAAAGUAUUGGUCGAACUCGACGAACUCAUUCAAGAAACCACUCAAAAAGACAAGGCCUCUAAGAAGAAGGUUAAUCCUGCUAAUGGUAAAGCAAUGAAUGCCACCAAGCUCAAGGUCAAAAAGAUUAGCAAGCAAUAUGAAAGCAUGAUUGAACAAUACAAGAAGGAUCCUGAAGAAUUCAUGAAAGAAGAUGAAGAACCAUCCACUCCUGAACCUAUCAAAUCUGUCAAGAAUGAAAGAAAACCUGUUAUCAACGAUAUCUCUGCUGCUUCUUCUGCUGUUGUAGAGGAUGGUUUUACUUCUGUUGGAAAAGGUGGUAAAGCAACUGCUGAAAUUGAUGAUAAACCUGUUCUACUUCGUCUUCGUGAAGUUUUGGAAAGCAGAGGCAAAAAGAACACUGAUCGUGAAGAACAAACAAAUAUCUUGGAAGGUUUACUAGCUAGAUCAAAAUCAUCUUUCCAAAAGAUCUCUGUAUUGUUGGCUUUGAUUGCUUCUCGAUUCGAUCUUACUAUUGGAUCUACCUCUCAUAUGGAUAUCAAGACUUGGAAAGCAGUGGAAAAGGAAGUCAAUUUGAUUCUCAAUAUUAUGGAAUCUGAACCAUCAUUCAUUGUAUGCGAAGAUGCUGAAGAUUUAGAUAAUGAUGAUAAGGAUGUGGUACCCGCCGCCGGUGAAAUUAUCAAACUUCGUGGAUCUAUUAUUGGUUAUAUUGAACGUUUGGACGAUGAAUUUAUCAAGACAUUACAAGCAACUGAUCCUCAUACUCCUGAUUAUAUUGAUCGCCUUCGUGAUGAACCUUCUUUGUAUGCACUUUUGACUCGUUCCCAAGCCUACUUUGAAAAGCACAAUUUGAAUGAAAGUAUUUCUCGUGUGAUUGUUCGUCGCUUGGAUCAUUUGUAUUACAAGCCCGAACAAGUGAUUCGAUCCAUUGAAAAAGUGUCCAAGGAUAUGCUUCCUGCUGGAGUGGAAUCCAAACUUAUUGUUGCUGAUGAGCCUUCUCAAUUGAUUCAUGAAUUGUGUGCUUAUCUUUAUAAACAAUCUGCCUCGAUGUUACGUACUCGUGCCAUGCUUUGUCAUGUUUUCCAUUUUGCUCUACACAAUCAAUUCCACAAGGCUCGUGAUAUGUUACUCAUGUCUCAUCUUCAAGAAUCUAUUCAUCAAGCUGAUGUUGCUACUCAAAUUCUUUACAAUCGUGCUGUCGUUCAAAUUGGUUUAUCUGCAUUCCGUCAAGGUCUCAUCAAGGAAGCACAUGCUUGUUUACAAGAAAUUCAAGGUACUGGUCGUGCCAAGGAACUUCUUGCUCAAGGUAUUCAACAAAAUCGAUAUGGUCAACAACAACCUUCUCCUGAAUUGGAACAACUUGAACGACAAAGACAAUUACCUUUCCAUAUGCAUAUCAAUUUGGAAUUACUCGAAUGUGUGUUUUUGACAUGUUCUAUGUUAUUGGAAAUUCCUGGACAAGCUCAAGCUGGACCCAACAAUAAGAAAUUCAUCUCUCGACCUUUCCGCCGAUUAUUGGACUUUAAUGAACGUCAAGCCUUUGCUGGUCCUCCUGAAAACACCAGGGAUCAUAUCAUGAGUGCUGCCAAAGCACUUGCUUCAGGUGAAUGGGAACGUGCUAGAGAUUAUAUUUUGGCCAUCAAGGUCUGGGACUUGUUACCUGAUACCGAAUCCAUCAAGGCUAUGUUGGUACGCAAGAUUCAAGAAGAAGGUUUACGUACUUUCCUUUUCACUUAUGCUUCCUAUUAUUCCACCUUGGGUAUGGCUCAAUUAUCUUCCAUGUUUGAUUUGCCAACUCAAACUAUUGCUUCUAUUAUUGCCAAAUUGAUCUGGAAUGAAGAACUUGCUGCUUCGUUGGAUCAAGUUUCUCAAUGUGUUGUGUUGCAUCAAGUGGAAUUAUCUCGACUUCAAGAACUAGCUUUACAAUUCUCAGAAAAGGCAGCUAACUUGGUGGAUCAAAAUGAACGAUUAGCUACUCCUCCCAAUCGAAAUGAAAACCAACAACAAAAGGUCCAAAACUAGGUCAUAUCCUUUGUCAUAUAUACACACACUUUUUCUUUUGUAUUCAACCUUCUUUUGAAAUAUUUUUUUUUAUACAUACAUUUAUUUUGGGGCUAGCAUCUCUAUAUUUUUGUUUCAAUUUCACUCUUUUUUUUUAUUAUUAUUUUAUUUUUAUUUUUAUUUUUAUUAUAUUCUCUCUCUCUCUCUCUCUCUCUCUCUUUGACAGAAAAGCAUCCAUCA